AUGUCAAAUCGGGAUUCACCUAUAAUCCUCCACUCGACCCCACCUCUCGACCCUUUACCUUGCUCCGACCCGGAAUCUCUGUACCUCGCGGCCUAUCUUCAGUUGGCAUGUCCGGGCAGGUGGGCCAUCAAGACUGGAUGGUGGGGUGAUAAUGGUGGUAAAUUACCAUAUAUAACGCACCUAAAUCAUCAUAUACGCCAGAAUCACCUUACUUCUUUACCAUUGAUUGAAGAUCCUGAUGAAUGGCUAAGCAGAGAGGAUAGAGUAGAUGCGGAAUGCUGGAAAGCUUAUAUCGAGCAGAAUGUGAUUGAUUUGGUGAAUCACACAUAUUAUUCGUUACCUCCUAACUAUCCCCAAACGAUAGCAAAAACGCAAUUACAAAAUCUCCAUUUCCCCGAAAAUCAAUAUAUACCUCAGAGAAUCAAGAGUAUAGUGAGAUCGAGAUUGCAGUAUGUUGGAUUGUGGGGACUUGGAGGAUUGAAUGGCGGCGACGCUAUUGACGAAGAUCGAAAGAGAUCAGACGAGGCAUUCGUAGUUGGACCUGCGGGGACACUAGCUCCUAGAGCAUGGAGCGGUUGGACUGCUGGGAGGGAUGCUGAGGAGAGACGAAAGAAAUGGGGUGAACAGGAGCUCGAAAAGAAGAUCAGAUCUGUUCUUGAUCCGAUAGUGAGGAGAUUAGGUGAUGAGCUCUACUUCUUCGGAAAUAGACCAACUACCCUGGAUUUACUUCUUUUCGCCCAACUAACUUCCAUCCUCACUCCUGUUCUACCCAACCCUCUAUUCCCCAAUCUCAUCCGAUCGCAUUAUCCUACACUGGUAUCCCAUCACGAUAGGAUACUUUCGCUCUUGUUCCAGAACCAAUCCUGGAGCUCUAUUCCCCGACUGACAACGCCUACAUCGACAACCCAGAAAACAUACCUCGAUUCAUUCAAAUCCCUAUUUUUCGAUUCUCCCGUUCCCAUGCAGAGUGAAGACAAGGAUGACGAAAAGAAGAAGAGCGAGCAGGAAAAGAAGUUUCAAAGAGGUAGAUGGUUAUGGUUUGCUGGGGCGAGUGUGGCUAUGAUAGGGUAUCUGUUAGGUAGUGGGAUAGUUAGUUUUGAAUUUGCCUCGGAGCCCGAGGAGGUAGAGGAAGAGCAGGUGGUUUUCGAUGACGAUGAGGAUGAAGAAUAA